CUAGAAACAGAAAGUGAAAUCAGAGCAUUUUCCUCUUUUGUCUCUUUAUUCUGCAAACAAUAACAAGAAGUUUCAGCUUUCUCCUAAUAUGAUUUAACUGCGACUGCUACACUUCUCAAAAGCUUCAGUAAUGCUUUCUAAAAGACAGAGAAAAUGUGAUCUUAUCCUUCUGCAUUUACGGAGGGGUGUGUCUUAAGGAGUGUUCGUGAAAUCACCAGUUAAAUCCAGUGACUACUUCCGUGUUGUCAUUUGUGAAGGUAAACUGGAUGAAAAUAAAAUAGAAAUGGAAGUGAUUGACGAGAAAACAAAGUUGUCAUCAGAGCCAGAAUUUCCAGCAAAACACAAUCAAAGUGAAGAUGGUUGCGGUCUUCCCCCAAAUUCUCAACCUUUCAACAUCCAAGGGACAAAUGAGUCAAAAACACUCACCAGGACCCUCAAAUUCAUGCUGAGCUUCAGAAAGGGUGUGGUAACAUCUGUCAAGGAGAACUCAACUGAAACUAAGAUGGGUGAAAAGAAGAAAGAAGCAGAAGGGAAAACUGAGUUAUUGUUGGCUUCAUCGUUGACAGCAAAAUGUAUGGAGGGAGAAGAUAGUAGUGAUAAUAUUAAAACUUCUCUGUCUUUUCAAAAUGAAGAGGAAAAUGAGCCAGAAACAUUGUCCAAGGAUCACAGUCUAAUUUUCAACUUCAGGGAGACUAUACUAUCAUCUUCCAAAGAUGAGUUGGUUAAAGUGGAGAUGGAUGAGAAUAAGACAGAAAUAAUGGGAAACAACGGGAAAACAGAGCUGCCAUCAGAACAAGAACUUCUGGUGAAAUGCAAGCAGAGUGAGAAUGACAAUUGUCUUCCUACAACUUCUCCACCCUUGAACAAUCUGUCAGAUACUGAAUCCAAAACUGUCAUCUACAGCCUUCCAAGAAGGCAUACCUUUAUGACUUGGUGGCCUGGCACAGGGAAAACACCAGCUACAACUGCAUCAAAAUUCAAUAAACGUUUUUCAUUGAGAGGAAAAGAUAAUGGCCAGGCCAAGAAAGCAAGCAACAGCCAUCCCAAAAAGAAUGAGGAGCUUGAAGGAGAAGGUGUUUUGAGGGAACCACUGUCUGUGCUGGAAAUACUUGGAAUUAUCCAGGAAAAUCAGCUUUUGGAGGCUUUUAAAAAUAUCAAAGUUUUGGAAAUACAACUCCUGUCUGAAAGAGAUGCCAAGAAAUGUGAAGAUGUCUCCAAAGAAGACACCAGAAGAGCGAAAGAUGUUAAUUUACUCUAUGAUUCCCUCUCUAAAAAAAUCCAACAGAUUGUGGAAAAAACAUUGGACCUUCCCAGUGUGGAGAUGAAGAAAUUAAUCCCAGAGAUGGUGGCUUUAAUUGAAGAGGAGGAAAAGAUUCAUGCUGGGGCGAUAACUAUCCCUAUGCCUCUUGACCCUGUGAAGCAACUUGGGUUAGCCAGAAAUUGGAGAAAGCUUUGGGAAAGAGCCAUUAAAGACAGUGUGAAAACGAGAAUCCAUAAAGUACCCAUCCCACUGAAAGAAGACAAUCCAUCUUGGCUGUCUGUAUAUUUAGGUUUUCUCAAAACAGUCAUAAGAGAUGACUUGUUAAAUAUCAAGCACUACAUACAAAAAUUCUAUCCACGUGAUUACCAUGUAUGUGAUACAUACCUGAAAGUUUUCCAUGAAACUCUCUCUUUGUGCUUACAAAGCAUUCUGGAAAAGGAAGCGAGCUGCCUAGAGUUCAGGCAAUUCCAUGCUUUACUCAAUUGGGUCAUUCACGUAUACUACAGCGAAGAUUUAUUAGAGCACCCGGAUCUUAAACCAGAAAUAACAACAGAAGGCCUGUCCAGUUUGUUACCUCCGGGCAUUUUGGAUAAACUGAAAAGGGACUACAUAAAUUCUCUCAAGUCAAAAACAAAGGACUAUCUGAAGAAUAUUCAGUGCCUGGAGACUGAAAAGUGGAAUAAAGAAGAGCAGCCGGAAGCUCUGCAAAGCCCAUACGAGUCAUUCCUCUCCUUUGAUAUUCAACAGUUCAUUAGCGAACAUGUGAUACAGACUGGAAGCAUUUGCAAAAAGGAAGUUCUUGAAAUUUCCAUCAAAGAAGUGACAGAUUUCUUACCAUGCUUUGGGAGAACAUUUCUGGACUGGGAGGACAUUACAGAUAGUCCCCGGUUUGUAUCAAUGAUGGUGGCCUAUAUUAACAACUUCCAUGACUUGAGGACAGGUUUGCAAACAAGGUGGAAUGCCAACUGUGAAGAAAUGGAGAAGACCCUGGAUAGCCUCAUGUUGCGAUACAAGACAUAUUUUUCCAGUACAUUCGGGCUGAAAAUAAAGCCAAUGCUGAAGAAGAUUCUCAGCCGAGCCUGGAUUUCACAGGGUGGAACUUAUGAUUCAUUCAUUACAAACAUUUUGUUAAUUGCUGAGGAUUUUUCUAAAGAUCUAACAAAUCUGAAGGAUCCCAUGCACAAGGAUUUUCUCAAUGAAGUUCACAGGUGUGUAGUUAAGGAAUAUAUCGCACAAAUCCUCAGACCAAGACGCAGAAUGAGAAGAAUAAAAAGGGAAGAAGUCAGCAACAUAAUGCACUGUGAAGCUGCAACUAUAAAUUACGCUAUGCAAAAUCUGGGUUCAACUGCUGAUUGGCUCCUUCCUGCCAUUCCAUGCAUUGCUAACAUCAUUGCGGAGAAGAAGAAGCAAAAAAUCAAAGACUGUCUUAAAGACUUGUCACAGAACUAUCCAGAUAUGAGAAAGGAACACAUCUCAGCUAUUCUUGCCCUCCGAGGAACAGGGAGAAAAAAGAGAAACUCAAUUACUGACCAAAUAGAUGGACCUCCAGAAGAAUUAGAAAAUGCAUCUGAUAAAAUACUCUUUGCUGAAAUUGAACUUCAAAAUACCAUCCGGUGCUUUUAAAAAAUUUCACAUACGCAGUGAAAUGUAUCACUAAGUUUCUUUUCAACAGCAAAUAAUUUUAUUUUUCAAUCGCAAGACCAUGGCAGCAAGGUAUAAAAUGUACAGAAUAGUACCUUCAGAGAAGAUAAGAAACAGGACAAAGGUUAUUAUCAGUUUUUGCUGAGUGACUCCAACAAAUACAUAACAUGUAAAGGGGCCCUCUUUACUUUGUCUGCAAAAAAGAUCAGAAAGAAAGAGCUAGUUAAAAUCACUGUAUGUUUCUUUUCUUAGUACAUGGUAAUCAUGACUUUAGUUUUUCAAGAAAUGUUCUAUAUGUAGCUGAAAUGGCACCAUCUCAGCAAAGGCAAAAAGUAUCCAAGGGUUCAGAGAAACCCUGAUGAGAUUUUCAGAAAUAUAGAAAAGGAGUCUUGAGAAGAAAAAUUCCUUCAAGGGGAAAAGGUACCACAUAAUAAAUCAAUGAUAAGCACAUUGAGUUGGCAUGAAAUGCAGACUUCUGCAAAGCAAACCAUAACAUAUUAACAGAUUUUCCUGGUACAGCGAGGCCUCCAGCUGGACAACUAUGAACCAAAGCACUCCAUACUGUUAUUUAUUAGACUAUGGUGCAUUCUCCUUCAAAAUGAUCAAACAAAGGUGGUAUGGGCAUCUUCAGAACUGUUUUAGUAGUGGAUUUCUUCAUGGCAGGGGUUGGACUAGAUGGCCUUUGUGGUACUUUACAGCACUAAGAUGAUAUGACUCAAUGCUUCUACGUUGUGAUUCACAAGAACUUUGAUUAUUGGGCAGUAUGAAACUAUAGCACAUACGUACAAAUCUAUAGCUCAAAAUCAUUAUGUGCUUAUUGCAGAAUUCCUUUGUCAAUACAGGAAAUGUAUAUAGUCUUAAAUUUCUUUAACUGUGUACUCUCAGUAUAUAUUGGACUAUGUUGUUGUUCAUUUGUUCAGUCAUCUCCGACUCUUCGUGACCUCAUGGACCAGCCCACGCCAGAGCUCCCUGUCAGCCAUCACCACCCCCAGCUCCUUCAAGGUCUGUCCCAUCAUUGCCAGUAAGCAUGGGCAAGGGUAGGGGAUGAUAGGCUCUGCACUCCAAUAAGUUCUGGUAAAUAUCUGUUAACUUAAAAUAUUAUUGAAUUAUUCCAACUCUUUUAUCCUGCUCUUCAGACUAAAAACAAACAGCAAGAUUCUCAAUAGACAAUUUACUAAAAUAAAUAAUUACUCAGUCCCUGAUUACAAUCUAAAAGAUAUGCAAUGCAAAGAAAGUGACAAAGGGAAGGGGACACAGAUCAUUGUGAUUCUGGUUGAUUUAGUCACCCAGAUGGAAGGUAAUUUACAUUUUACUUUUCAGUACACUUUUAGUAGAAGAUUCCAGGAAUGAUAAAUACAUAAUAAAGCAUGUAUAUUAUUGCUAAAACUAUAGUCCUUCUUGAAUUUAGUAAUUAUAAUAAUUUCUAGAUGCACUUGCUUGUCUUGUGUGAGUCAGACACUGAUAAAAUUUGUAA